CACACGUGUGUGAAGGAUGAACUGAUGACUGUUUGCCUCUGAACAAAGCGGCGGUUGUUUGUGUGCGUGUUUGCUUUGCGUCCGGACGCAGUUACGUCUCCUUUCAGCGUUUUUUGUGUGUUUGUGUGAUUUAAACGGCAAUUAAUCUUCCAGAAAAGAGGCCACAGUUUAAAAAAAAAAGAAAUACAAGUCGGUAUUUAUAUCACCCGCGUGUCCCUCCGCCGUCUCCUCCGUUGAGGGGGGGGGAAGUGAACGCGCGCGCGUGCGCAAAGCGGAUGCCCGGAGCGCACCACGCACCGUUUGCGGCGAGCCGUGCGUCUCAGUGAGCCUGCGCGCGGCUCGAUGUGCGACGGCAGCAGCAGCGGCGGCGGCGACGACAGCGACAGGCGGAAGACAGACGGACGGUUCGCGUGGAGGCUGCACGUCGGCCCCAAUGGCACCGAGCUCCCGCUGAGCGCGAGAGACGGCGGCGGCGGCAGGGCGCACAAGUGGCGAGUCUCCGGGUGGGUCGGGGGCUUGCGCGUGAAACUCAAAGAAGUCGGCAUGGACGGCAAAGGCACGCUGAAGAUGUUCGCCCGGAAGAAGCGCGAGCUGAUAAAGACGAACUCCAUCUCGAAGAAGAGCCGAGCAGGAAGCCCCGGGCCGCAGAGCAGCGCCCCGUCCCUGUCCAGCCUGCAGGAGCAGCCUCGGAAAGAUGCGGGCGACGCCGGCCUCUCCUCUUCGUCCUGGUCGUCCUCCUCUUCCUCUUCGACUCUCACUCCGACGUCCGCCGGGCUGCAGGACCCCUCGCUGUCCUGCCCGGGCACGCCCGGCACCCAGCACGGCAAGCUGGCGGCGAUGCACGGGGUGGGCAGCCCGUCGCCCGUGGCGACCCUGAAGAGGCCGACGGCGCUGAGCCGACACGCCAGCGCCGCAGGUUUCCCACUCCAGUCGUGGGUGUUCACCAAAGGCCAGGGCAAAGGGGCCUUGACCCCGACGACCCCGUCCGACGGUCCGGAGAGCACGGCCAUCGAGGUGGAGGACAUCCCGGCCCUGCUGAGGGACGUGGCGCGCUUCGCAGAGGCCGUGGAGAAGCUGAAGGACGUCGUGCUGGUUGAAGGUAAAAAGGAGAGUCAGCGGCCUGUGGCCCACGAGUGCCUGGGGGAGGUCCUCCGGGUGCUGCGUCAGGUCAUCAACACCUACCCUCUGCUCAACACCGUGGAGAUCCUCACUGCUGCCGGCAAGCUCAUAUCCAAGGUCAAAGGUUUCCACUACGAGGCGUGUAACGAGGCGGACAAAAAUGACUUUGAGAAGGCGAUUGAAACCAUUGCCGUUGCCUUUAGCAGCAAUGUGUCCGAGCUGCUGAUGGGAGAGGUGGACAGCAGCACGUUGCUCUCUCUGCUGCCCACUGAGAAGAGCAGGUCGAUGGAGAACCUGUACGCUGCGGCGGGACAGGGAGCAGACGGGGGGCAGUUCAGGAGCGACCUGCAGGACAUGGGCCGAGCCGAGGAAGUGGACGUGAUCCUCCAGAACAGCGAGGGAGGGGUGGACUCCGCCCUCCUCUACGCCAAAACCAUCUCCAAGUACAUGAAGGACCUGAUGAGCUACGUGGAGAAGAGGACCUCGCUGGAGACGGAGUUCUCCAAAGGCCUCCAGAGGUUGUACCAGUCCUGCAAACACAGCAUCACACACCCCCAAAUGCCCCUCUUCUCCAUCUACUCUCUGGCUCUGGAGCAGGACCAGGAGCAGAGUGUGGGGCUGCAGCAGGCCAACACCACCCUGCACACCCAGACCUACAUCCAGCCGCUGAUGCAGCGUAAACAGGAGCAUGAGAAGAGACGGAAGGAGAUCAAGGAUCACUGGAUUCGAGCCAAGAGAAAACUGAUGGAGUGCGAGGUGAACCUGCGGAAAGCCAAGCAGGUCUACAUGGUCCGCUGCGAGGAGCACGAGAAGGCCAAGACGGCAGCCUGCCGCGCCGAGGAGGAAGGAGGAGGAUCUACAGUCAAGUCUGUGGAGAAGAAGAAGCGGUUGGAGGAAGAGGCUCGCAACAAGUCCGACGAGGCGGAGGCCACCUACCGGACGUGUAUAGCCGAUGCCACCACUCAGCAGCUGGAGCUGGAGCACACAAAGGUCACGGUGCUGAGGCAGCUGCAGGACGUCAUCAAACAGAGCGACCAGACCCUCCGCUCGGCCACCAUCUCGUACUACCAGCUCAUGCACAUGCAGACGGUCGCCCUGCCGGUCCACUACCAGACUCUGUGUGAGAGCAGCAAGCUGUACGACCCGGGCCAGCAGUACGCGGCCCACGUGAGAGACCUGCAGCUGCCGGGGCAGCCGACGGUCCACUACGCCUUUGAGAACUACUGUCCCUCCAGCUCGUCGGCACACCACAGACAAAGGAACGACAGUUUCAACACGGAGCCGACGACCCAGGCGGACGCAGCAGAAGCUCACCGCAAGAGGCAGGGCCACAAGUCGUGGGGUUCGACGGUGAGCGACGACAGCGUGGGAGGAGAGGGAGGCCUCGAGUCUCCUACUGCCAGCACGAGCGACGUCAGGAAAGUUGCUCGCACGUCAUCCACCGGAACCAUGUCGUCCAAUGAGGACGCAGAUGAGAAAGACGGGAACGUGACCUCAUUUGACGCUCCGAACCUGAACGGCAUGGAUCCCGACGUGGUGGUGUCCACCAGACCUUUCCGUAACGUCGGCCUCUCCAAAGCGGCCCAGACCCACCGGCUGAGGAAGCUGAGGACUCCUGCGAAGUGCCGCGAGUGCGACAGCUACGUUUACUUCCAGGGCGCCGAGUGCGAGGAGUGUUUCCUGGCGUGUCACAAGCGCUGCCUGGAGACUCUGGCCAUCCAGUGCGGCCACAAGAAGCUGCAGGGUCGCCUGCAGCUGUUCGGCAGGGACUUCUCUCAGGUGGCCGGCGACGGCAUCCCCUUCAUCGUCACCAAGUGCGUCUCCGAGUUGGAGAGGCGGGCGCUCAAGAUGAAGGGCAUCUACCGGGUGAACGGGGUGAAGACGCGGGUGGAGAAGCUGUGUCAGGCCUUUGAGAACGGCAAGGAGCUGGUGGAGCUGUCCCAGUGUUCCCCGCACGACAUCAGCAACGUCCUCAAGCUUUACCUCAGACAGCUGCCAGAGCCCAUCAUGCUGUUCCGCCUCUACAACCGUCUGAUGGGUUUGGCGAAGGAGAGUCUGCAGGGCGAAGCGGAGUCGCCGGAGGGAGAGGAGGCGGAGUCGAACGGCGGCGUCAACCUGGCGGCGGCCAAGGGGCCCGAGCUGGUGGACCUGGGCCCCGACACGUACCCGGAGGCCCUGGUCCUGGUGGACAAGCUGAAGGAGCUCCUGAAGGAGUUGCCAAAGGCUAACAUCGCUACGCUGCGCUACAUAAUCCGCCACCUCCGGAGGAUUGUGGAGCUAGAGGAAGACAACAAGAUGAGUCCCAGUAACUUGGGUAUUGUGUUCGGUCCCUCCCUGAUGCGUCCCCGUCCAACCGGGGCCACCAUAUCUCUGUCCUCUCUGGUCGAUUACCCCCACCAGGCCCGCAUCGUGGAGUCCCUCAUCGUCUUCUACUCGUCCAUCUUCCAGUCCAAACCCGCUCAGUCCCACAAAACCAGUCGCUCCGCUUCCACCUCCACUCAGCAGGGCAGUAUUGCAGAUGACAAGAUUGAGAGCUCUGCUGACGCCGAGGAGGAUGCAGGCAGCGAGGAGCCAAACAAACCAGAAUCGGACAAGAUGGAGGAGGGAUGUGGAAGCUCUUUGGGGUCGCUGGGGUCGAGUGAGCAGCUCUCCGACUCGGAGCAGGACGAGAGCGGCCAGAGGGCCUCGCUCUCCCGCAGCCCGGUGACGCAGGAGAGCGAGGCGAGCGUGGAGGACGACCAGCUGAGCUGCAGGGACAGCCUGGACCUUUCCAACCAGUCUGCGGCCCGGACCGACCCGGAACCGGACGCGGAUCAGGUCCGCGGCGGAGCGGAGCCCCCCGCGCUGCCGGACAGCAGCCCACCAGACGACGAGGCGGCGGCAGCAGCGGCGGAGGCAGAGCAGGACUUGAGCGCCUCUCUGGCUGAGCUCAACGUCAACAACAACAACAACUACCCGUUCUCCCCCACAUUGACCUUAUCGGGGUUUCCACUGGCGCGUCUGUGUAGAAAGAAAUUACCCCUGACCAGAAACAGGGACAGUGAGCCCGAGUUUGUCUGACGCCGUUAUCAAAAUAAUUGUUUGUGUGACAGGAUUAUUCAUCUGGUUUUUAUUCAUUAAAAUCAUGUUGUGUACAUCAAGGUUUAAUAUGUGAUACAUCAUCAGCUGUAUCGAUCCGUCCUGGCAGUGAAACCUCUGCACGCUUCCUGUUUGAUGCGAUGACUCGAAUGAUUAAAUGCAUGCUGCUGCAAAGAUGCGUUUCAAAGAUGUUUUACUAGUUGCUCUUGCAAGCUUGAGGAAAAGUCACAUUUCAACGUGCAGAAGUUCAAAGAAAAUUUAAUUGCUGCCUGUUUUUAUUUUAGCACAGAAUUUUAAAAAUAAAUUGAUUAGUCUCUUUAUACAUGUUGCCUGUAUUGCCUUGUUAUGAAUGUUUGGUCUACUAUAAUAAACAUUUAAUUUUA